GGCAUUGCACCGCAUUGAGAUACCCAACUUCACUUGGUAUUGCUUGGCUUGGCUUCAUUGUUACCUGCCAGAUAAUAGGUACCAUUCGUUCAGUGUCAAACUCACGAUAUCCAAAUACUCGCCGUUGCGCGCAAGCAACCCCCGCCGAAACGCAGCCUACACUUCCGCCGUCGUCGCAUUCCUUCUACAGCAACGGGAAAAGGGUGUCUCACAUACAAUCUGGUCGGCGUUCAAUCGCUGACACCACAAGACCGCUAUGGCCGGUCAGACCCCCCCAAUUCGGCCUCCCGAGUACAUGCUUCCUCCGUACGACGACGAGCAUGACCACAACCCGACGGGAGGAAACUCGGCCGCUGUGAGGCUGUUGACAUCUAUGGAAGAACCGUUACCAGAGUCGCGACCCAGUAUCCGCCCGACACCACGCCGUUCAUACCAACCAUCAGUAUACUCAACCCACUCGAGAACUUCGUCUAUUGUCGACCCUCCGUACAUCCCCCCUCCAGAGUCGUCGUACUUCCAACCUAGAGAUACCGAGUCGCCCACACGAUCCUGGUCUCCAUCGAGGAUGUCCACCAAUAGCUCUGAAUACGGACGUGUGCCUCCGUCCACCGCGCAGUACGAACCCUCGGAUAUCAAUGGCAGCCCGCGACCGGGCACACCAUCCUCCAGAUACGGCGGAAGCCCUCGACGACCAUUACCACAAGCGCCCCUGUAUACUAACGGAGCUGCUCAGGAGUCGACCUUCACGGUGGAUGAUGCCACUGUCAAUAUUCCACUCGAUCCCGACGAUGAUGACGUUUUCGGGCCCGAAUCCGAUCUUGGUUAUUCACGUGGUCAUCGGGAGACGUAUACACGGCAAUCUCAAACCACCCUUAGCGAGGAGCCCGGGACACCCUUUGACAACAAGGAGGAAUUCUACGGCCCAGCACCCGACGGGAGCCAACAGCGUCGCGGAGUCCGCGCACCCCAAACAGCGAAAAAGGAGGUGCAGCUCAUCAAUGGCGAGCUGAUCCUUGAGUGCAAGAUCCCCACCAUCUUGUACAGUUUCCUUCCCCGGCGCGAUGAGGUUGAAUUUACCCACAUGCGUUACACAGCUGUGACCUGCGAUCCAGAUGACUAUGUCGAAAAGGGCUACAAGUUGCGACAGAAUAUUGGAAGAACAGCUCGGGAGACAGAGCUCUUCAUCUGCGUGACCAUGUAUAACGAGGAUGAGAUUGGCUUCACGCGGACGAUGCACGCCGUCAUGAAGAAUAUCAGCCAUUUCUGUGGUCGCAACAAGUCCCGGACCUGGGGCGAGCUAGGGUGGCACAAAAUUGUGGUUUGCAUCGUGUCCGAUGGUAGAGAGAAGAUCCACCCUCGAACUUUGGACGCAUUGGCCGCCAUGGGAGUGUACCAGCACGGUAUUGCGAAGAACUACGUCAACCAGAAAGCGGUGCAAGCCCAUGUGUACGAAUACACCACGCAAGUUUCGCUUGACGCCGAUCUCAAGUUCAAGGGUGCAGAGAAGGGAAUCGUCCCGUGCCAAAUGAUCUUCUGCCUCAAGGAAAAGAACCAGAAGAAGCUGAACUCGCAUCGAUGGUUCUUCAAUGCUUUUGGGAAGGCUCUCAAUCCCAACGUCUGCAUCUUGCUCGACGUAGGGACCAAGCCUGGAACCAACUCUCUGUAUCACCUUUGGAAAGCUUUCGACACAGACUCUAACGUUGCCGGUGCUUGCGGUGAGAUCAAGGCAAUGAAGGGCAAGUGGGGACUAUCGCUCCUGAAUCCUCUUGUGGCAUCGCAAAACUUCGAGUACAAGAUGUCUAAUAUUUUGGACAAGCCCCUCGAAUCUGUUUUUGGCUAUAUCACCGUGUUACCGGGUGCUCUGAGCGCCUACCGCUACCAUGCGCUACAAAACGAUGAGACGGGCCAUGGGCCGCUUAGCCAGUAUUUCAAGGGGGAGACGCUACACGGCCAGGACGCCGACGUAUUCACUGCCAACAUGUACCUGGCCGAGGAUCGUAUUCUUUGCUGGGAGCUCGUUGCAAAGCGAAAUGAGAGAUGGGUGUUGAAGUACGUCAAAGGCUGCACUGGCGAGACUGAUGUUCCUGAUAGUGUCCCUGAAUUCAUCUCACAGCGACGCCGUUGGUUGAAUGGCGCUUUCUUUGCCGCCGUCUAUUCCAUCGUCCACUUCAAACAGCUCUGGGCAACGGAUCACACGUUAGCGCGCAAGAUUUUACUUCACAUCGAGUUCGUGUACCAGUUCUUGCAGCUCAUGUUCACCUACUUCUCCCUCGCCAAUUUCUACCUGACAUUCUUCUUCAUCGCUGGAGGUAUCGCCGACCCAUCGGCAGACCCCUUCGGUCACCACGUUGGGGUGUACAUCUUUACGAUAUUGCGGUAUACUUGUGUUCUGCUCAUCAGCAUGCAAUUCAUCAUUUCGCUCGGCAAUCGACCACAGGGUGCUAAGCGCCUCUACCUCGCUAGCAUGAUCAUCUACGGUAUUAUCAUGAUGUACACGGUAUUCGCAUGCAUUUACAUCAUUGUCCGACAGGUGAAGACACGAGAAGACGGCACGCUUACGCUCGGGAGCAACGUGUUCACGAACUUGACAGUUUCCGUCGGCUCGACCACUGGUCUGUACUUCCUCAUGUCGUUUCUCUACCUGGAGCCCUGGCACAUGUUUACCAGUUCGGCGCAAUACUUCAUGUUGUUGCCCAGCUACAUCUGCACCCUUCAGGUCUACGCCUUUUGCAACACGCACGAUGUCACAUGGGGUACCAAGGGCGACAACGUGAUGAAGACGGAUCUCGGAGGUGCGAUGGGCAAGAACGGUGUCGUUGAGCUGGAGAUGCCCUCGGAACAACUUGAUAUCGAUUCGGGCUACGACGAGGCGUUGCGCAACCUGCGAGAUCGUGUAGAGGUGCCCGAGCCCGCCAUCAGUGAGUCACAGAUGCAAGAGGACUACUACAAGAGCGUGCGAACGUACAUGGUGGUCGUCUGGAUGAUGGCCAACGCUGUGCUAGCCAUGGCCGUCAGCGAGGCGUACGGCAGCAGCGGCCUUGGGGACAACUAUUACCUCCGGUUCAUCAUGUGGUCCGUGGCGACGUUGGCACUGUUCCGAGCGUUGGGGAGUAGCGCUUUCGCGUUGACCAAUGUGAUUAAUAUGGUGGUAGAGGGUAGAGUCCGGAUGAGUCUCAAGGUGCCGCAGUGGAUGGGUGGUUUGGGGAGCAAGGUCAGCGAUAAGAUGAGCGAGGCCAUGAGUAGUGUGGGAAGUCGGGUCAGCAGAUGAUGAUAUGAUGACGAUGAUGAUGGGCAGUGGGUUCCGGGUGUCUUGUUUGGCGAGAUAAGAUGACGCGAUGACCCCUGAUGCCUGUGUAAGUCAAUGGUUUUGGAAUGUUAUUGGAGUUGGUUCAUCUCAUAUGCAGAUGCGGGAUAUGUAAUGCGAAGUGAGAGACGGAUGUGUAUACGUAAAUAGUCUGCAUGAGGCCAAGAUCUGUGAUACGGUUGGGUCUUGUGAUGAAAAAUGAUACCUG